AUGAGUGGUAGUUACUCAUUGCCGUAUACUACGGACUUGGAAAACUCUGAUGAUCAGUUAAAGACAUUUAAACCACAUAAGAAGAUCUCGUUUCAAGAUGCAACGCUUCGUUUGAUUAUUAAGUACAAGAAGAUAGUUUUGUUUUUGAUUACCAUUGUUUGUCUAUCGUUAUUCACCAAUGUACCCUAUUUACCUCAUAUCAAGAUUCUGUCGCCGAAAGUUGUUAUUAUUCUAGCAGCAAACGAAGGAGGCGGUGUUCUCAAGUGGAAGUCGCCUCAGGAAUGGUCCGUGGAAAGAUCAUCUAUAGCCAAUAAGAAAAACUAUGCAAAACAACAUGGGUAUGGGUUGACUAUCAAGGAUAUGACUAUACAGAAGAGGUAUUCUCACGAAUGGAGAGAAAGUUGGGAGAAGGUGGAUAUUCUCAAACAAAGCAUGAGACAGUUCCCACAAGCCGAAUGGUUUUGGUGGUUAGACUUGCAUACCUACAUUAUGGAACCACAAAUAUCGUUGGAAGAGCAUUUCUUGAAUAAUUUGCAUAAUGCCACCUACAGAACGUUGGAGCGGUUUAAUCCCUUGGGAUUGGCAACAGACCUACCGUAUGUUGAUUAUACUCAGCCCAUCGAUAUGGUUAUCACCCAAGAUUGCGGUGGGUUUAAUUUAGGUUCAUUUUUGUUGAGACGCUCGCAAUGGUCAGAGAUGUUAUUGGACAUAUGGUGGGACCCAGCGAUGUAUGAGCAAAUGCAUAUGCAGUGGGAACACAAAGAACAAGAUGCUUUAGAAACAUUGUAUUCGACACAACCUUGGAUCAGAGAAAGAACUGCUUUUUUGCCAUUGAGAACUAUAAACGCUUUUCCACAAGGUGCUUGUGCAGAUCAAGCUGACGAUCCUCAAUAUUUCUUCCAAGAUCACGAUUUCGUUGUCAAUAUGGCUGGUUGCGAAUGGGGUAGAGAUUGUUGGGGAGAAAUGGAGCAUUACAAAGCAUUAUCGAAAAAACUACAUAAAAAAUGGUACAAGUUCUGGUAA